GGCCCCGCCCCUGGAGACGCGCCGCUGCGCAGGCCUCUCCCGCUAGCCGAGUGUACAGCGGAGGGCGGCCGGGCCCGCGGCCCUGUGGCCACCAUGAAGCUGACACGAAAGAUGGUCCUGUCCCGAGCCAAGGCUUCGGAGCUGCACAACGUGCGGAAGCUCAACUGCUGGGGCAGCCAGCUCACAGAUGUAAGCUCUGCCUUGAUUGUAUCUUCUUCCGGAUGCCCCUUCCCCCAGAAGAAUAGCUAAAGUUACAGAACUGUGAUCUUCAGCUCAGUGCCGUGUCACUUGCUAGACCUGCACAGAGGAAAACAGAGUCAAAGCUCUGCCUUGAGAGGAGUCCCUGGUGGUGAUUUCCCUCAAGGACAUCAACAGGGGCACUCUGCAUGGCCUUCCUCAGCUUCAGGAGGCGACACCCCAACCCCACCCGAAAUGACAGGCAGCUGGGACUGUGGAGCCCACAGCCCAGAUUUCCAUAUGCCGGGAGAUGCCCAGCCUAGAGGUAAUCACACUCAGUGUCAACAGUGUCUCCACCCUGGAACCGGUGCGCAGCUGCAGGCGCCUGAGCGAGCUGUACCUGAGGAGGAACCGCAUCCCCAGUCUGAACGAGCUGUUCUACCUGAAAGACCUGCCACACCUCAGGGUGCUCUGGCUGGCCGAGAACCCGUGCUGUGGCACCAGCCCGCACCUUUACCGCAUGACCGUGCUGCGCAACCUGCCCCACCUGCAGAAGCUAGACAACCAAGCUGUGACCGAGGAAGAGCUGACCCGCGCGCUGAUGGAGGGAGAUGAGAUCACUGCCGCCCCGCACAGAGAAGGUGCAGGCAAUGGCUGUCCCAAGCCCCCCUACGCCCUCAACUCUGUCAGCUCUGCAACUGAGACCAGCCAGCACCUGCUGAGCUACACAGAGGAGACAGAAGUCCAGGGCCAGACUACCACAGACCAGUCUCCUUCCUUCUCACCAAGGGACACGAUGAGGAGUCACAAGAAUAGGGUCCUCAAUUGCCAGAAAGCACUUGUCUCCCCACACCUACCGGGCACCCUCCUCCCUGCUGCUACAAACAUCCUGACUGCCAUAUUGCUACUGCUGCGGGAGCUGGAUACGGAGGGGCUGGAGACUGUCCAGCAGACCGUGGGCAGCCGGCUACAGGCGCUGCACAGGCCGGAGCCCCAGGAAGACAUGGAGUGAUUUCAGACGCCCCAGUAUCUGGACCCUUUUAUAUCCUGAGGAAACACAGCCCUACCUGGAAAGCCUUCAAAGCAGGCCCAGUGGCUGCCAGCAAAGCAGACCCCUCUCCUGUGCUGAGGGCUGGCAGAAAUGCUGCCCACCAGCAUGGUCCCUGGGACUUACCUGCUGAGGCCCAAAGCUCUGGGCACUGUCUGACCCUUCCUCAAGGGAGGCCUGAAGGAGCCAUACCCUCCAAUAAAGCACUUUCUGUUUGAGCUGGAAGGUCUGGGACAGGAAGCAUCUCGGGGCCUUGACGUUGAGGUUCAUGUUGUUUCUCAGCCGCUAGGGGGAGCCCUAGUAUCACUGUAUCAAGCCUACCCUUGGAGAUGCCUAGAAUAUCUUUACGGGGCACUGUGUCCCAGCUGUCCUUAGACAUAGCCUGGGAGAAUGGAAUUUUUUGUUUUUUCAGGACAAGGCUGGUCAGGACACUGUCCUUUUUCUUUCUUCUUCAGGAGAGGGAUGUCACCUGAGUGACUGUUGCUCGUCAUUCUGAGGCGCCAGAUGCCAUUGGUAAAGUUGUCUUCGUUAGAGCCAUUAAUUGGGGGAGGCCCUGUAGCUUACCUAGGCAGGGCCACCUUGGUGCCUUGGGGUGACCUUACACCUGCCAUAAGAGAACGAGCCAGGAAAGGCCCCAAGAUUAGCAUAUGUAAAGCAACCUAAGCAAAAAAAGUCUAGAAGGGCCCUUAGAGGGACAGGUAGAACAUGCCAAAGAAGCCUGCUGGCUCUGUAGAUGACCUGUAAGGGUCUUAAUGCUGAAGGUUCAGGGCAGCUGGGCCCUUGGCUUUGCUCCACCGCUGGCCCACUUCGAAACCUGGGAGUGCUUUCUCUCUUAAUAAACUGUUUUUACCAGUG